ACUACUAAGAGGCACCGCACUGCAUUAUCUACCAUGCUUAGACCUGGGUCAGAGCCUCCCAAAAGCGAUUCCCUGAACAUCAGUUAGUCGCAGACAUCGGAAGGAAUCGGAGGUAGAACUUGUUUCUAAUACUUGCGAGUUGCGUUCGGGAAGUGGUAACGUCGUUUUCGCGCAUGGUUUACGUGAAUCGCGUGAGACUUUAUCGUGGUUUGAUGAAGUUCCAGGAACAAUUUUAACAAAUCUGAUAGCUUACAAUACGCCCAAAUGUGUCUUAUACUACCAGAGAACAUUUCUGCUGAAUGUUCAUGACCUAUGGACUCAUGGAAAAGAUGAACGUAUGGAUUGUGAUUUUGCUGUUGUAUUAUACAUCAUCGGAUUUAGUCGUAGGCAGAACGAGAUCCACACGAAAUAUUUAUAACCAAAAAUGUGCCGCCCGAUUGGAGUCUGCACUAGACACUACUCUACGUAGAAGUCAACAACGAUCAGGAUCGAGUUCUUUAAUCGACUUUUCAGAAACAGGCCCACAAAAGCAGUCAUUAUUCAACCGAUCGCCCUACAACAAUUAUGAUGAAGAUAUUGAACAAAUUGUGUCAGAGUACAAACAUAAGUAUAAUAACCACAACAAAAAUCCAAACAGUGGAGGAUCUUUUUUUCCACCUUCUGGACUAUCGUCAACAGCACAAGUAGAAGUAGCAAAUCUCAAAGUUCGGAUUCCACAAAAUCUCCAAUGGGUCGUCGUUGAUCGAUGUCAUUUUAUAGAACAAAAUCGAACCUUGGACACCAAGCUUGAAUUCCCAGAUCUACAAAUUAGUGGAAGGAUAAUAAUGCACCCAAUCGGAGGCCGCUGUGAUAUGAUCCUAAGAUUGCGACGAGCUGGUAUUGAGUUUAGAACCAUUCCACUUCUACCAAGUGGUUUGGGUGAAAGAAGCAGACAAGCUAAUGUAAGAACCGAUUCUCACUUCUCCGAGCCAGGUUUCAUUUCGGUGUUUGCUCAUAGCUGUGAGGGUCCUACUGGAAUCAAGUAUCGAAUCAACUCCAAACGUAGACACUUCCUCGCAAAGCAGCCAUCAGCAGCGAAUUAUGACGCGUUUUACAGUAAAGAUUAUGGAAAUGAAUUUCAACGUAAUAUGGAACACAAAAGAUCACUCAAUUUGGAUGACGACGACGGGAUCUCAGAUGCGGACGUGUUCAAACUAACCGAUGGAGAUUCAUUAUUCCUUUCACCUGCGGCGUUUUUGGAUACCGAUAGUGAUGAUCCAUCUACAUUCAGUGCAGACAGUAGAACUGUGUUCACUGAUCGAAAUCCGUUUGCUUAUAACGCCUAUGCUGGUAAUGGCGCUGGUUGGCAAACGGUUGAAACAAACGACGCUCUAGAUGAGGCGUACUCUAAUGAAAUUGAUAAUCUGUUUUCGAAGGGCGUCCGUGGACUACUGACCACUUACAUGCAGAAAGCUCUCCAGCCUGCGAUUAAGGAAACUCUGAUGGAAAGUAUGGGUUAUACGUUGUCAUACGGGUAAACGGAUGAAAAAAUAAACACAAAAAUCUAUCAAACA